UGGAUCUCGGGGUGAGAGUUGACUGGAACAUGUGGUUAGACAUGGCUGCGCCCUGCUGGCAUUGAGGACCGUGACUGUUGAACACGGGAUGGAAUAGUUUAGCGCUUUUUUGAAAGCUGUUUCGUGGAUCAACAUGACAGACAACGGGGUGUUUGAGAAAGAGUCAGGCCAAGGCCAGACAGUAUCCAGGGCGAUGAUUAUUGAAAUAAUGAAUAAGAAGUUUGAAAAGCUCCCUGAUAUCGACAAAAAACUCUUUUCAUACGGUCACAUAUAUUUGGCUGGCAACGCUGGGUUUGCUGGCUUGAUUGCCAACAGCUUUUUCAGACGUGUACUCAAUGUCACCCAAGGACGAUUUACUUCCAGCCUCCCCAUGGCUGUUCUUCCCUUUCUGACAACUGCAGCAUUUUACACUGCGACUGUAACAAACCCUUUAAUGUCAGGUGACCUGAACUGCCCUACCUGUACCCUGAUAAGAGGGGCUUUGGUUGGUGUAGUUGGUGGUGGCAUAUAUCCCAUUUUGUUGGCCUUACCUGUCAACGCUGGUCUUGCAGCCAGAUAUAACAGUGCACCAAUGCCAGAGAAGGGGAACAUGAUACGCUUCUGGACAAAUGUCAGCAAACCCAUUGUAAGGAAGAUGUAUGUUGUUUUGCUGCUGCAGGGUUUGUUUGGAACCUACUUGAGCUCUAAGCACUUUGACAUCUACCUAAAAAUGCUGAAAAUAACAGAUUCUGACAGCGAAGAGCUUCGUGGUUAGCAGUUAUUGUUAUUUAUAUUGAUGAUACUGUAAAUCUUUUUGUUAAAAUAAGUGAAACACGCUUGCCCAGUGCCAUAACCCAUUUGUCCUUGGUUUUGAUGUCUGAUCAAUAAAUUACAUUCACUAUACCUUUGUACACUCUGCCCAAAAAUUGAAAAGGGAGAAAUCUACUGAAAGUUCCAAAAAAUAACCUAAAUCACAAAUUGAGGCACUUGAAAGAAUUUAAUGUAAUUUCUUAUACCUCUGAAGUCUUAGAAGUCUGAAUAAAGUAAACUACCUGGCAGUUAUUUUUCUACAGAUGCUAGAGCUUUGCCUAAACAACCAUUUGGUUUGUGCAUGAAAGGAAAAUAAAGUGGAUAAAAAGUGGUGCAAACACAACUUUUGCUAAUGUGUAACUUAUAAAAUUAUCAAAUGGAGAACAUGUGGAUCAAUAAUCAGUUUAGCUACUAAUAACAAAAACAAUGCACUGGGAAACAAGCUUAUGGACCUUAAUUACAAUGUGCAUUUGAUGCCACAGAGAUCUUUUAAUACGAGCGAACUUCCUGAAAACAGUUCUGAAAUGUAAACAGAAAUAUCAGCAUUGGCUUAUAAAAUCAUAACUCAAUUAAUUCAUAGUGUUCCAGAAGAUCUAGAUUAAUAUUGUCAUUUGAAUUUUUCAGUAACAUUUAAUUUUACAGCAUGUAGCUUUAUCUCAUUGAAAUCAUCUUGCAAGCUGUUAUCAAGCUACUAUCAAAAAGUGUUUCUAUAUCUGAUGCAAAAGUGUUGGAACAGAUUCAUUAUGAUGUUUGUUCUAUACACUCUGACAGCAGUAUGAAGUACCACAAAUAAAAAUAAAUAAAAAAUCAACUGCAGUUAUACAUUUCAGAACUGCUUGGGUUGACCUGCAACACUACAGAGCGUUAGACAUGAUCAAUGGCCCAAACAGAAUAACUGUGCAUUCGGUUUUUUUUUUUUGUUUGUGUUGUCAGUGUUACCACAGCCCUUAAGGAAUUUUGCAGUAUACACUUCUAUAUAAAAGGGAGAAACCA